GUCAAUACACAUGCAAUAGCUGGUGCGACGAUCCUUGAGAGAGUGAGAAAGGCAACACAACACGCACGCAUCCAUCAUGGGAAACAAGGCUUCAGUUCUGUUCGGCACUGGUCCUCAGAACAUCAUGUCUGACACGGAAGAAGGUCCUUCGGACGAGACGGCGAUGGGCGGGAGCAAGAGCACCAGGCCCGCGGCUAUGACGGCGGAGGAACAGGCGGAGCAGACCCGAUACUCGGAGCUGUUCGGCGGCAAGCCUAAGGCCAAGCCUAAGGCCAAGGCGGGGGGGGGAGCUUCCGAGGGCCGUUCCGCGCGAAGCACAACCGCCCUUGCCAAGAGACAACCCGUGGUCACGAGGCAAACGAAGAAGCAGCGCUCCAACAACGGCACCUCAGCCGCCGGAGCAGCAGCAGCAGCCACGGAAAGCGGCGGCGUUACCCGCGCCCCGGAGGGCGAACACGACCUCUACGCGUCGGGGGACGAAGGGCGGCGGGCGGGCGGGGACUCUGACCCGGGGUCUCCGUACCGGGGCAAGGCGGCCUGGGCGGUGGGGACGCCCGCGGCGGCGGGGGGCAAGGGCAAGGGAGACAAAGAAUGUGCGCCGACAGCGACCAAGGAGGAACGCCAGAAGAAGCUUGCGGCAGCCAUCUCGGCGAAGAUCACAUACCUGGAGAAGGGCGCAGGCGACGGAGGAGGCCGAGGAGUCCCGGUGGGGCAGGAGCACGGCACCCGGGAGCCGGUGGCCGCCGUUGCCGGGGGCGCGACCGACGCCGCGCGGGCGCGGGCCGCGGUAACCAACGCUUUGUUCGCGGGCGCAGAGCCGACGGGGAGGCCGUCAAAGGAGCUGUUGGUGAGCGUCGGCGGCGGAGGGGUCCUGCUGGACGGCAACAACCACGGAGCCGCCGGGGGAGCGAGCGGGGCGGCGGCGGCGGUGGCGUCCGGCGUGACGGGAAGGAACACCAGCCCCAGGCCAGCACCGCAGCGCAACUACAAGCUCAAGAUCUGAAGCAAGUGGUAUCUUGGAAGUUGUUGCGGCAGCUCAGGAGGUGGAUGCACGUGCUUAGCUUGCAAGAAGGGGACCAGGGUGCGGAGGGUAAAUGGUACAGGGGUUUACGAUGGGCUACCGGAAGGGUUUGUGCCAAAUGCCUAAGGAAGGCAAGCUCGUUUCCCGUCAGUGGCAGAAGAUCCAGGCACCGAGGGGGCUGGGAAGUGCGGCGGAAAUUGGAUUUGGUCGUUCCUCGCCGUUUCGUUUUUUACCUUGUUUGUGGUUCGUGGAUGUACAUUGUGCAGAUAUGCAUAGCUGGGUUCGAGCCAUACCACAGGUGUGUGUGUGUGUGUGUGUGUGUGUGUGUGUGUGUGUGUGAGUUGCAUGAAGUGUGACCAUGAGUUGGCGUCUCUUUCAUUUUCGUGGGGGGGGAAGGGGAGGAGGUGAAGUUUGCCCGGCCCUUGAGACCGCUGGGUGGAAACCGUUGGGACCGGUGUAGACAAGGGCAAGAGAAUAUGGCGUCUACCCUCCGGCGAUUCCACCGCUUGUUUGUCCGGCGUCGUUAUUUCUGUGAGGCCGGGUUGGAACAGACUCGCAACAGCGUGGAAAAUGGCCGUACCGGAGGCGGGGAUAUGACUGCGUCAUUUCUUACAAGGUACACGGGGGCGAUCGAUUUUCUGACUCACGGCGGAUGCACCAAGGUAGCUAAGCGUCCAAGUGAGAGAGAACCGUGCCACGCGGGGUCUCUAGCCUCUUGCUCUGUUGUUGUGUGUAUGUGAUGGGUCUGGUGGGGUGGAUAGGAUGGGGUGGGAUGGGACGGCACGGAGCGGGCGGAACGGAUGGGAUAGGAUGGAAUGGGACACGGAACGCCAUCAGUGGCAGAGUUGGAGGAGGAGGUACUCUGUGGCAGCGCUAGUCCCGGGGUAUGAAAGCGUGCGUAGUCGAUCAUUGAACCCCGGUGGCUUACCUGUGUUGCGAAUCGCGCAUCGUGUGUGUUGGCAUGUGGAACGCCGGCUGGGUGGGCGGGGGGGAGGGGAGAAGGGUGACCGUCGAUCCGGCCUUUGUGUGCGGUGGAAUCAGAGACGGGCUGACGGCUGCCUCGUGCACUGAAGCGGAACACUGGUCUGUAGCUAGUGGUCGUUGUCCCUUGUUGCGUUUCGUUCACGGGCCACGUGCUUUUUUGGUAGUACUGCCGCACGCCCACCUCGCACCUCUACCACCAGCAGGCGGAGCACUUGAGGAGUUGACAGAUCAGGGAAGUGAGAGCGAAGGGGGAGUUGCCGGUGCCGGGUGAAAAAGGUGUAUCUAUUUAACACAGAGGUGCGCACUAAAGGUGUAUUUCAAAAAGGUGCGGUACAAGGGUUGUGCGCACCGGUGUAAGCACACGGGUGUGGCACAGAGGUGCAGCACAACGAAGGCAUAGCUCUCUACGUCCACAGUGCAGCAACUGCCAUGGUUUCGCUGGGACAAGCCCCUCGUGCUGGCGAUGGGGCACGAAAGGUGAACCGAAAGUCGAUCUACGCAUCUCGCCGAGUUUGGAGAAGUUUCAUUCCUCUUGGGGAUGGAAGUUGCCUCAGAUUGAUGCGGGUGGAGGGGAUGGUCACAACAGGGGUGGUGCUUUUUAUGCAAACAACGUGGGUGGUUGACUGACGCGAUAGAGUUUUGAGAUAAUCUGGCCGUCAUAAUCACCAUUGUGUGGUCUCAGACUCUCGGAGCUAGCAUUUUGAGCUGGUCGCGAAAGUGCGUAAAUGUCUACGCGGAAGAUUAUAGCUAGUAGUGCUCUGUGUUCAAGAGUUAGACUGAAGAAUGCUGCUGUUGCUGCAAGUACUAAAGAAUUGAGAGGAAGAGGAAUACUCACUGGAAUACUCACUGAGUAAAAGGAGUACUGGUGUCACGGCAUAUUGUGAAUAUUGGCAAGUAUGAACGCUUCAGGUUCGGAGUAAAUGUCUCGUGGAGUCAGACAAAUACGUGCAUACGCAAGAGAUGGGAGCCCGGUCAGGUGCACCAUGGAUUCAUUCAGACAUGGUUGCCAAGCUCCUACCUGGUGUUGGUUGGAUUCAUGCGUUAGUGAGAUAUGAUCGUUGUGCAUUCAUUUUCGUUGUCUUUAGUCGAGCGACUUGUUGCCGCAACCACCACCGCUGCUACUGUAGAUGUCGAAUAUAAGUAGCACACUUUCGCCUUCGUGUGAAGUGACGCGGUUGCAAUUGCAACGCAUGGCGGUUUCGCGCACAUACAAUGACCCGGUCGCCCCGGUGGUCUACUGGGUAGCCUCACAGCCUGCUAAGG